GGGAGCGUGGGUUCGCAGAGCGCGGUGGCGUCCAAAUCCGGCCGACAAGACCGUAAGAGCUUAAUUGCAGAUUUCAGUAUGGCUUCCAAGAUUCAGCUCUUGUCCUCCUCCAUUGCCAUUUUAGCUUUUGCCUCGCACCUUCACCCUUCUGUUUCCAUUGAGUUUCGCCGUGAGCUCUCCAGCUGGACCACUGGCAUAGCUACGUGGUAUGGUGAUGCUAACGGCGCCGGAAGUGAAGGUGGUGCAUGUGGGUACCAAUACGCCGUCGACCAACCACCGUUCUCAUCCUUGAUUGCUGCUGGCAGCCCUUUCAUCUAUGACUCUGGCAAUGGAUGUGGCUCUUGCUAUCAGGUGGUAUGCUCUAGCAAUCAAGCUUGCUCUGGUUACCCGGUGACUGUUGUCAUCACCGACCAGGGUCCUGGCGGUGGCCCAUGCCUGAGCCAAGCAAGUGAUGGCAUGUGCCUAAAUGAGGGAGCCCACUUCGACAUGAGUGGGACUGCAUUUGGUGCCAUGGCAAAGCCUGGAAUGGCUGAUCAACUCCGUGCUGCUGGCCUGCUGCAAAUCCAAUACACUCGUGUGCAGUGCGAAUGGCCUGGAGUUGAUGUAACCUUCUCUGUUGACUCCGGCUCGAACCCGAACUAUCUGGCUGUGCUCAUCGAGUACGAGGACAGUGAAAGCGAUCUUUCAGCCGUCGACAUCAUGCAGAGCUCGGCAGGGCAGUGGGUGCCGAUGCAGCAUUCGUGGGGUGCGAUUUGGAGGCUCGACUCUGGCUCUGCCCUUCACGGCCCGUUCCACCUCCGCCUGACAUUCAGCUCAGGCCGGGUACUCAUAGCCAGCAAUGCCAUACCUGCAGAGUGGACCCCGGGUGUGGCGUACCGGGCAGGCGGAGUGGCGGUGACUAGGGCCAGGCCCAGGAGUGGUGGUGGCUGGGUCCACGAGGCUGCUGGAACAUUUAGCGGUUUGGUGUAUCACCUUCUGAUGUUUGUGGUAUUGGUGUUGUGA